AUGAGGAGUUAAGUGAUUGUUUAAUAAAAAUUCAAAGAUAAUAAUGAUAGCUAAAAUUAUAAACACAUGUACAUAUCUUCCAUUUUUGAAAAUUUAGAUCAAAAUAAUGAGAAAUAUAUAGGCAUUAAAAAAAUUCUCAACUAAAUUACUGAAUAUGAAGAGCAAGAAAUAUUACCUAUUUUAAUGGAAAUCAAUCCAAAUGUUAAUUAUGAUCGCAUAAGUGAAGCUGAGUUUAUUUAACUCUAUUUGCGUCUCAAUUUAAUUCCAGAAAAUUUUGAAAAAAACUAGAUCCCAUUUACAUUUGCAGGAAAUAAGCAUAUUGCUGUAUGCUACAAAAGCUUUCCUGAAAGCAGAGAUAUUUUAGACAACUAAGAUGAAUUGGAUAUUAUGAAAUAAUUAAGUGAUUUAGGAUAUGGCUUAGAUGCAGCUAAAAAUUAUAGACUUAUGCUUAUGAAAAAUGCCAAUCAGAGUUGGCGUAAAGUAAGUUCAGAUCUUUGGCAAUGGGUUUAACAAUUAAAAGAUGAAUCAUCUAUUUAGUAUUAAAAUAGUUAACCUAAGCAAAAUUAAUAAAAUGUAGUAGAGUUAAAUAAUAUCUUAGAGUAAAUUUAAAAAACUGAUUAAGGCAUAAACUUAAACAUAAAGUAAUUUUACCACCACAGACUAUACGACUUUAAUAAUAAAUAGAGAUAAUAAUGUCUAAAGAUAUUUAAAUGGGCUAACCUUCCUCUUGCUAGUUAAUCUGAUCAAGGAACUUAAGCAUUUUUCCAACAAAUUAAGUAAUUUGACGAAACCAACUAGCACAUAAGAGCUGCAACAAUUGCUUCUUUUCAUUUUGAAUUUGAUAGAGCUCUUGAUAGCUUAAAUAGUGCUUUAGAAGAUGAUCCUUAAUUGAGAAUGAUGAAGAGUGUAUUAUUAAUUUUAAAAAAUAUAUAAAUUAGCAUUUAAGGAGAUUAAUAUGUGAAGAAUAGACUUGAAAGUAUUUAUCCUUCUAACUCUAGAGAUUAUACAGAGUAAGAUAUGUCAUAAGAAGAUAUUAAGAAUGCAAAAAAUACUAAUUUUAAGAAUUAAGAGAUUUAAUCUGAGUUUAAAAAUAUAAUUAACAAUGAUCUGAGAUAUACAAUUGUAUAAAACGAAUUAAACUUUAUUUCAAAUCUUCUCAAAGACAUCAAAUUUAAUAAUCCCUACUUGACUGCUCUGGCUAGAUUCUUAAAUAACGAUGAUCCUUAGGAAAGAGUAAAGGAAAUCAUUUAAUAGGAUGGCAUCGAAAUAUUUGACAAGAUUGCAUUUGCUUUAAGAUUUUUAGACGAUGAUAAUAUAAUUACUUAUUUUACAAAUUUAGUUUAAAAAGCAGAAUAGGAAGGUAUUCUUGAAUGCUUAAUAUUAGUUGGUAAAGAUUAAAAAGCCAUAGAUAUCAUCUAAGCUUUCAUAGAUAAUACAAGAGAUAUUUAGACAGCCGGUCUACUCUCUGCACAUUUGAAUUUACAUAAAUAUGAGCCUUCAGAAACUCUCUAAAAUUGGUUUAAAAAUUAUAAAGCCCUUUUAAAUAACAUGAAUUUGUUUGAAAAGCGUAUUACUCUUGAUAAAGAAUUUAAAAAUUUAAAAUAACUCCUAUGCAAGACUGAUUCAGAAUAAAAUAAAUCUUCCUUUAAGGGAUCAAAGAUAUUUUUAGAGUGUAAGCAAUGCAAUAACUGUCUAGACAAUAAAACAUAAUUAGAUAAUAUUAUAAGAAGAAGAAGCAUAAGAGGUUAUGCUGCCUUGUUACAAGUUUUAAAGCCUAUGAUAGGUGUUUGUCCUUCUUGCUGUGUUAUGCUGCCUGUUUGCUGCGUUUGUUUAUUGUCUUGUGAACUUGUAAACCCUUACAUAUAAUUUAACAGAAACAGAUAACAAUAAAAUUAAAUGGGAGGUUAGAUUGAAAAUCUUAACUUAGAAGAAGGAAUUGUGUGGUGUUAGUCAUGCAAUCACGGAGGCCAUUAUAAACACAUAAUUGAAUGGUUUUAAGAUUUUGAUGUUUGUCCAGUGAGCGAUUGCAGCUGCAAAUGUUCAGUGAUUUGA